GUUUAGUGCUUUUAUUCUGACAUCAUGAACCGGAAGUGUUUCUGCCUUGAUUACUGUUGAGCAUUUCAACGUAAACUUGUAGUACAACAAUGCAGCAACGAGAAGAGAAGCAGCUGGAGGCGGCGGUGGAGUCUCUUAUUUCUCGGGUAGCACACGUCAAAAACGCUCUUCACAGUUUCAUUUAUAAGUUGGAAAAUGAAUACGAGCGAUUAACAUGGCCGUCUGUUUUGGACAACUUCGCUCUGCUGUCUGGUCAGCUGAACACCAUCAACAAACUGCUCAAGAACGAGAAGACACCAUCCUUUCGCAACCAAGUUAUAAUACCACUGCUUCUGUCUCCAGACCGAGAUGAGGAUUUAGCGAAACUCACAGAGCAGCGUGUCCCAGUGUUCAGCCAUGAGAUUGUACCAGACUACUUGCGGACCAAGCCUGAUCCAGAGGUGGAGGAGCAGGAGAAACAGCUGAGUGUAGAGGCAGCACGGAUUGGCCCAGAGGUGGCACAGAAACAGAUCCAGACGUUGAAUAAACUGUGUUCCAAUCUGCUAGAGAAGCUUAACAAUCCUCGUGAUGACAGAGAUUCAGAAAGUGCAGCAAUGCGACAGAACAAACCGUCUUUCAACCCUGCUGACACCAACGCACUGGUUGGAGCUGUCGCAUUUGGAAAGGGGCUUUCUAAAUGUAGGCCUCCAGGUCCAGUGGCCCCUGGACAUCCAGGACAAGGGCCCAUGAUGAGUGGAGGUCCGACCUUACAGCAGGUCACCAUCGGUGGUGGCUCAAGCCAACAAGCAGGUAUGGGAGGACCUGUGGCUCCUCAGCAGCAAGGGCAGCCAGGUAGGAGACCUGGAGAGCUGGGAAAGAUGCCGAGCAGCAUCAAGACAAACAUCAAAUCUGCACCCGGCUCAAUGCAUCCUUACAACCGAUGAGCUCCUUGUUUCUUAUUUGUUCAUCCAACAGUUGUUACAUUUCAGAGACUUGCCUACAGCAACGAAAACAUUCUUAAUCCUCACCUUUGUAACCUUUUAUAUGAACCCAUUGUGUUCAGGCAAUGGAACAACUUCUAAGAAGUCAUUCUCUGUUCUCUCACAAGCUGUUUCACUGACAUUCUGAGGGUUGAAUGAUCCCAUUUAUUUGUGAGCAUUAGGGUACAUUUUUCAUUUUUGAUACAUCAUCUGAGCAUCAGCAGUUGAGACACUAGGUGGCAGUAUGUCAUCAUUUAUGGGAUUAUUAUAUUAUGUUUGUGUUUGGAACUGCACUAUUGACUCUUUGAAUAAAAUAUGUGUUAAAAGAAC